AUGGACAGUUAUUUUUUACCGUUUGAUACUGUUGGUGCAGCAUUAGCAGCCGGUUUUGAUACAACCUAUAAUCCAUAUUCAUCCACCGAUUUUUCAACUUGUACUGCUCAAUUUUCUGCUGCUGCUGCUGCUAAUUCAACGAAUAAUCAAUUUCGAACGUAUCAUUCAUCAGCGGCAUCAGCCGCCGCUUCUAUGUAUCGAACAUCAUUUACUGCUGGUCUACCUCAUCGACAUCCAAAUUUGUAUUCAGCAACAAUGCAAAGUUUACAAUCUUAUAAAAUGUUUGGUUCUCAAACUCUAUCCGAUGCGUUCAAUAAUGCAUCAUCAAUGGAUAAUAAAAGAAAACAACGACGAAUUCGAACAACAUUUACAAGUAUUCAACUAAGAGAAUUAGAAAAAGCAUUUCAACAGACUCAUUAUCCGGAUGUGUAUACAAGAGAAGAAAUAGCAAUGAGAAGUGAUCUGACAGAGGCGAGAGUCCAAGUAUGGUUUCAAAAUCGACGCGCCAAAUUUCGUAAACAAGAAAGGCAAAAACAACCAAUAACAACAGAUACUGAUGCAAAAUCGAAAUCAAUUACAACAAUAACAAAUAAAACAGUUAAAACUGUAAAUGAAUGCAAAAAACAUACAGCAUGCAGUAAAGAAUCAUCGAAAUGGCACGGUGAAAAUGAACAGAAAUCAAUUAUAGACAUGAACAAUAAAACUGCUUUGAAUUCGACAAAAGUAAAGGAUGUUAUUCGAUCGGAUAUUUAUAUUCCAGAUAAUAUUGUCGAUGAUACAUGCUAUUCAUCAAAUAAUGAAAUGAAAUAUUUUUCAUAA